GCCCGCGAGCCGCGACUCGGAGAUGAUUGUCAGCAGGCAGGGCAGCGGAGGCUGGCGUUUCCUCUGGGGCCCCGUCGGUGACUGGGGGAGGUGGAGAGAUUUACAAUCACACCCAGUCAAAGUGCUCCGCUGCUCCACACAAAAAAAAAAAAAAAAAAAAAAGAAAAAGGAAAAAAAGCCCUCCCCAAGACACCGGGAGACAGAGCGCUAGGGCUGCACCUCACAACAGACGCGCAAACCAGGAGGGACGACGCGCGCUUUGAUACUCCGUUAAUUACUCAUGUGAUGUGAUUCGGGUGUCUCGGGGCAACAGCCGAAACUUCUUCAGCUGGUUCCAGGGGAGGCAAACAUUUUAGGAAGGCUCUCUGGUGGAUUCUUAUCUCUUUUUGCCUGCAAUCGAAGUGUGGAGUGUGCGUGAACAUGGCCUUUACAGUCCUGCUCGCGUUGCAGUUGGUGAUCUACAUGGCCGGCACUGGAAUGUGUCAGAAAACCUUUUUGAUCAAAUUCCCAGACACUGUCUCCCCCAUCCCGACUCAGCCCACCGUCCUGCACAACUCCGGAGCCCCGACCCACACCCCCCUCACGGCCGGUCCCUCACUUUUCAUCCCCGAAUCCGACAGCACCCCGGCCCCUGACCGCCCGUCCACGUCCGCCGACCCAGCUGCCUCCAACCCCCUCUCCGCCAACUCCUCGGGCCCCGUCCAAAACUCCACUGGUUCCCAGGCCCACCAGCCCGAUUUACAGCACGCCCCCGCCCAUAACCAGAGCUCCAUCCGCUCCCUGCAGAACGAGUCGAACGGCUCGGUGAAGAUACGGAGAAUCCCUCCGUGCAACAGGUCCACCCCCAUCGCCAUCAAAACGCACUUCAAGUACAUCAACACGGUGAUCUCCUGCAUCGUGUUCGUAGUGGGCGUGGUGGGCAAUGCCACCCUGCUGCGGAUUAUCUACAAGCACAAGUGCAUGAGGAACGGGCCCAAUGUGCUGAUCGCCAGCCUGGCCCUGGGAGACUUGAUAUACAUCAUCAUCGACAUCCCCGUCAACGUCUAUAAGCUCCAGAUGAUGCAGUGGCCCUUUUCUGACAAUGCCUUUGGUCUGUUCCUCUGCAAGCUAUUCCCAUUCCUACAGAAGUCCUCAUUGGGAAUCACAGUAUUCAGUCUAAUGGCUCUCAGUGUGGACAGGUACAGGGCAGUGGCUUCCUGGAGCAGAGUGCAGGGAGUGGGCAUACCGAAGCAGACAGCCAUCAAGAUACUCGCCAUCUGGGUCCUAGCCAUCGUCCUUGCGGUGCCCGAUACCAUCUGUUUCAACAUGGUCGAAUCCAGCCAUGGCAGCAUCUCAUUUCGCACCUGCAUGCUUAAACCACCGAACGGCACCAUGGAGAUGUAUGUGCAUGUGAAGGACUGGUGGUUCUUUGGGUUUUACUUCUGUAUGCCCUUGGUCUGCACGGCCAUCUUCUACACCCUCAUGACGAUCAAGAUGCUCAACCACAGAAAAGGCAGUCUGAGGAUUGCUCUCAGCGAACACCUUAAACAGAGGCGGGAGGUGGCUAAAGCUGUCUUCUGUUUGGUUCUGAUAUUUGCUCUGUGCUGGCUACCUUUGCACAUGGGCCGCAUCCUGAAAUGGCUUCUGUACAAACCAGAGAGCCCCGACCGGUGUGAACUACUCAACUUCCUGUUGGUGCUUGACCACUUGGGCAUUAAUUUGGCAACUGUGAACUCCUGCAUCAACCCCUUCAUCCUCUAUUUUGUCAGCAAGAAGUUCAAAAAUUGUUUCAAGUCUUGCCUGUGUUGCUGGUGUUACUCUGGGACAUUAGCCGCCAGUACACCGCAGAACGGCACAAGCAUCCAGCAGUGGAAGAACCAGGACCCCAACAACCAACAGGCGGACCACAGCCAACGUAAAGACAGCGACUGAGUCAUGCGCUGACUGUGGGCCUGGGUAGAGGGGGGUUUCAGCGCUUUUAAAGAGGGUAUUUGGGCCCUUUCCAUACAAGGCACUGAGGCUACACUCGCUUGUGCAGAGCACCGUAACAGUUCUGAGCCAAACGCAAUGAAAAAAAAAAAAAGCUAAUUGUGUACAAGUACACAGACAAUGGGACCGAUGUGCUCACAGCGUUUCCCAGAUCGCACAGAUUUGGCAGCGAGCGUUUUUCCUGAGACGAUGAAAGCAUUGUUUGCGGCGGAAGAGGAGGGGAGAGAGAUUGGAACAGGAUACACCUGAAGCCGAGCUGUGCGUAAACCUAAUCAGCGGCCUCGCACUGAGGGCGAGGCUUCUGGGAACAGUAGGAAGGAAGUGCGGAGUGGCCUCCAUGUCAGAGCUAAUGGAGGAACCCAACGCUACUGUCAGACCAGGGCCCUGUCCUAGCGUCCUCCUCACUCACACUCAUAUUCUACAUGUACUACGCAGGGUAUUUAUACACAUCUGUGCACUUGGUGUAUGAAUGCAUACACCCAAACAUAUCUAAAGUAGGCUUGUUCAUAAGGUCAUGUACACACUCCCUGGAAGACUGAAAUGAGAGCCAUUGAAGCGCAAGGCAGAGGUCGUUUCUUCUUUUAACCUCGUAAGCGUUUGGAUUAUAAAAGGUUAUAUGCUGUAAUAAAAAUGUACUUACGUGAAUAAUCCAACAGAAUAUUUUGUAUGUGCUCACACCGCAUUGUAUAACCAUCUGAGCACGUUAGGAAAAGAAAAGCAUAACGCAUCACUUUCUAUUGAAACGAAGAGGUGCUGUCACCUUGAUCCGCUCUUACAAGUUCAUUAGCAUGGGUAUGCUUGGAACUGUAUUUUGUGAGUGAUUCAUGCACACUGUUCAUUUGAGCUGUUGGGUGGUCCAUUCUGUUAUGGCAGAGGUCUAAUACACUGAUGGGCCCUGAGGUUUGGCAUCGAAUCUGGACCGUGGCUUGUAGCACUGAAAAGUGAGAUGCAAUUGGCUGCAGCAUUACAUUAGGGAUAGGAGGGUUUCAGUUACAGUGCCUUAUCAAGCACGAACAACUCCCAUUGGAUGAUCAAGUGAAUUGAAUUGAAUUCAAUUCAAUUAGGGCGGCAUGGUGGUGCACUGUAGCCUCACAGCAAAAAGGUCCUUGGUUUGAAUCCAGGGGAUUUCCGUGUGGAGUUUUUAUGUUCUUCCUGUGUCCUGCGGGUACAGUUUCCUCCCACAGUCCAAAGACGUGCCUGUUAAUUGGAGAGUCUAAAUUGUGAGUGAAUGGUGUUUGUGCCCUGCGAUGGACUGGUGUCCUGUCCUGGGUGUAGUGUCAUUCUCCAGCUCAUAUCCAUGGAAGCGUGACUUGAUGUGCAUUAAGAAGCAGUGCUUGGCAUGUCAUGCUUGGGAGCAAGCAUGUGCUCAUAAUAUGUGGUUGGACGUUCCCAACUAGGGAAUCGAAAUAAAAUAAAAAAAAUCAUAAAUACUGUUCAUUUAACACUUUACAUGUCUUAAGGAAGAUCUCAAAUACCAUGGAGAAUUAGGUCACAGACAAAAUUAUACCUGCCAAUAUUGCCAAGGGGAAGUGAAUGUAAAUAUUUAACAGUCUAUUCCAGAUAUACAAAUGAAAAACUGCAUAUAACAAUGCAUUCAGCCAAAGCUUUAUAACUGUGAAACAUGUUCUUCAACUGUAUAGUAAAUCUAUCAUUAUUACUGAGUUAUUCAUGUUUGUAUUCUCUGUAUUGUCAUGUUUGUGUAUAAAAAUCAUAUUUUGUGUAUGUCAUCCAAUGCCUGGAGCAGGAUUGACUUGGUCUUGUUUAAGUCUGAAAUACUAAACUGUGGAUGGGAGGUGUACAACAUAACCUAAAGAAAGGGAAAACUUCACUCAUAAGGAGCAUGUGUGCAUUUCCAUAUUUAUGAUUUUAUUUGUGUGCGUGUGAGAGAGUGAGAGAGAGACAAACUCAAGACUUAUACCACCAAUAUUGUAAGAAAUUGCUUUGUAAACUUUAUGUACUGCUUAUGUCCACGUUUUAUUUUUUUAACAACAUGAGGUGUGACAAUUUUCAGCAUCACUCUCUCCUUAGAAUAGUCAUGUAACCUCUCUGCACAGAUAAACAAGAAAAAACAUAUUUGUGAAAGAUUAAUUAUGAAUGGUCAACAGUAUUAAAAUACUCUAUAUUCAGAGUCAAUAAAUUGCACUUAAUAUUUGUGAA